GGUGGCCGUGGUUUGCCACAUGGCCUGGGCGGAGUCAUGGCCUGGGUUUCAAUGAGCAACUCCUUAGCAGCUCUGUGGUCUGGGUGGGUUAAUCAACAUGCAAGUCUAAGCCACCUGCAGAACGGGGCUCUAAUAAUGACCCUACUGUGUGCUAUGGUUGUUAUUAAUAUAAAGAUUAAAUGAGGCAAAUGCAAGGAAAGGGCCAGCCCGGUGCCUGGCACAGAGGAAGUCAGUAACUAGGCAUUAGCAGUGAUAAGUCAGAACUUCCGGCUGCUCCUUUCUUCUCUUUAAAAGGACUCGUGCUUAAGAUCUGGAAAUGUCUCCUAAAUAUUACCACCCAAACUCUCCAACCUGGUUCCCCAAUCCUUCCCCCAAAAAUAAAUAAACAAGUGGAAAAUGUGGGGCUGCUCCUCCCGCUGACAACUGAGCUGAGAGACAGCCCGGGGUGGAUGUCCAGAGAGCUCUGUCCCUUGGAAUCUCUGUGCGUUGGCCAAGGCCAACAGCAAGCUCAAGUGUGAGCAAGUGUGCCGGAGAGCAUGCGCUGAUCUCCCACUGAUCUGGGAGAGCCUUGGUCAAGCUAACUUACUCUCCAAACCUCAGCUUCCUCCUCUGGGAGAUAGUGACGUUCUACAUGUUCAAGAAUUGAUCAGAAAUGUUCCUUAUAACAAAGUGCCAGGCACAUGGUAAGAGCUGAUAAAUGGCAGAUGCUUGGUUCAUCCCUGUGUCCAGCCCAGAAGCUUUUGUGUGCCUGACCCACCCCUGGGGUCUCUCCUGGAUCCUCUUUCCAAGAAUUCUGUCCAUAACAUGUCGUGGGGGACUUGACCUAGGCCAGUGCCAGAAGCAAAGCCUUGGUCAGUGUUGGCUACAAAGGGAGAGGAGAUGGGUCCCCAUGUGCUCCUUCCAGCUCACCCUGCUCCUGACACAGGGCUGAUUGCAACUAGCCUUGAAGCCCACUGAGACCCAUGGAUCAUUUUCUCAGCUUUUUCUGGAAAAUGUCAUUUCUGCUGUUCCUGUGCUUAGGAGAAGGAAAGGAAAAGUCCUGAUUCCUGCAGCACCCUGGUUUCCUAGUAUUUUAAACUCUUCUCCCAUAUCCGUACAAGACCAUUCCUCCUGUUGACUCUCUAAAAUCUGAGAAAGGGUGACAGGACAUUGCUUGAAACAUGAAGGGCAGAAGAAUGGGGUGACUUUGACCAAAGUCACAUGGUGCUGGGUGGUGGGAGUGAGAUCUGAGCUCUUUUCCCUCUUGAUCCUGAGCUAAACUUUUCUUGAAACAAAGCCAAGCUUCAAUCUCAGGUGAGAGAAGAGGUGGGGCUCUAGAAACUUCUAGAGAACUGCAAAGAUGGUCGUGGAGGCCCUGGCGGACAGAGGACCUGGUGCUAGCCAUCUAUUCCUUGAGGAGACAUGGGAGAUAUGGGAGGCUCUGGGCGGGGCUGGCAGCAUCUGGGGAAGAGGCUGAGGCACUGCCACAGGUGGGGUGUGUGUGUGUGUGCGUGCAAACAUGCACACAUGCAAGGGCAAGCUCCCUGCUGGGACUGAUGCUUCUCUGCUUUUUCUGAGUUGGGGCCAGGGUCAAACCAGCCUCUGCUGCCUUCCUCCCUGGAGAUUUGGGUUUCUUCCCAUGAGUCACUGGAAGUCUCCAUAUGCCCCAGAAUCUGGAACUACCUAGGAAAUUGCCCAGUCAACCCCUUUAAUGCCCAUAAGAGAAACUGGACCCAGAGCCUGGAAGUGACAUGAUCUCGGCCCUAAAUACCAUCUUUCCAGUCCAGGGUUCUUUUCAUGGCAUUGCAUUGCCCCCAAGUGUCCCCAUGAGAAGUUUCCGCUGGUCCCAUCCCCCUGUAAGCUAGACAGGCCUGGUCAGAGGGCUGACUUGCCUGAAUCGGAGCUCUGCACGUUGAGGGGCAGUGUGCUCCCAAGGUCAAAAGCCAGUGUUCAGGUGCCAGCAUUCCUACCCCUACCCCUGAGGACUCACGGAGAAGGGACGGUGCCCAUGAUGGCUGAGUGCUUUGUGCAUGCUGUACCACUGCUUUCUGUCUGCCUGCAGGUCUCUGGCCCUGGGCCAGCAGUACACAUCUCUGGGCUCACAGCCCCUGCUCUGCGGCUCCAUCCCAGGCCUGGUCCCCAAGCAACUGCGAUUCUGCCGCAAUUACAUCGAGAUCAUGCCCAGCGUGGCCGAGGGCGUGAAGCUGGGCAUCCAGGAGUGCCAGCACCAGUUCCGGGGUCGCCGCUGGAACUGCACCACCAUAGAUGACAGCCUGGCCAUCUUUGGGCCCGUCCUUGACAAAGCCACCCGGGAGUCGGCCUUCGUGCACGCCAUCGCCUCUGCCGGCGUGGCCUUCGCCGUGACGCGCUCCUGUGCCGAGGGCACUUCCACCAUCUGCGGCUGCGACUCGCACCAUAAGGGGCCUCCCGGCGAAGGCUGGAAGUGGGGCGGCUGCAGCGAGGACGCCGACUUCGGGGUGCUGGUGUCCCGGGAGUUUGCAGACGCGCGUGAGAACAGGCCGGACGCGCGCUCGGCCAUGAACAAGCACAACAACGAGGCGGGUCGCACGACCAUCCUGGACCACAUGCACCUCAAAUGCAAGUGCCAUGGGCUGUCGGGCAGCUGCGAGGUGAAGACCUGCUGGUGGGCCCAGCCUGACUUCCGCGCCAUCGGUGACUUCCUCAAGGACAAGUAUGACAGUGCCUCGGAGAUGGUGGUGGAGAAGCACCGGGAGUCCCGAGGCUGGGUGGAGACCCUCCGGGCCAAGUAUGCGCUCUUCAAGCCACCCACUGAGAGGGACCUGGUCUACUAUGAGAACUCCCCCAACUUUUGUGAGCCCAACCCUGAGACGGGCUCUUUUGGCACAAGGGACCGGACUUGCAAUGUCACCUCCCAUGGCAUUGAUGGCUGCGAUCUGCUCUGCUGUGGCCGAGGCCACAACACGAGGACGGAGAAGCGGAAGGAGAAAUGCCACUGCAUCUUCCACUGGUGCUGCUACGUCAGCUGCCAGGAGUGCAUCCGCAUCUAUGACGUGCACACCUGCAAGUAGCAAGACAGGGUGCUGGGAAGGGGUGAAGCGUGUGGCUGGGCAGAGUCAGUCCCAUGGAAAGCAGGACCUGGAGCCGGGCUCAGCCCUCAGCGUCGGACAGCAAGGAAUACGGACUGUUGCCAGCUGCGUGUGGUAAAGGACCCGGACCCAGCCCACCCGUGACAGGGAGCGUCUCCUCCCUCUCUCUCAUCUUACGUUUCUCACCCUCCUCUGGCUGGUGUGUGGCUUUUAAAGAAUGGGGCUUUCUUUUUAGUUCUCUAGGGUCUGAUAGGAACAGACCUGAGGCUUAUCUUUGCACAUGUUAAAGAAAAUAAAAAUGAAAAAAAAAAUUCUACUCCAACAGAACAGGCUGGGCUGAUGUGAGCUCUCGGCCUGGCGGUAACGACGUCAGCGUGGGCAAGACUUCGCCUCCAAACUGCUUCUUAUGGUGACAUUCCAGGACGCUUGUGAGGUGGGAGUUGGGAAGUAGGACGCACCCCUGCCGUCUCCUUUUCUCUGUCUACUCCCGUUCCAAUCUGAUAUACUUUCACAUUCUGAUAAAAGCCAUAGGUUUAGCCAGGAUGAAGUGGUAGGGAGGUCCACGGCAGUUGUUAGAGUAGGAUUUUGAGUUUUGAAGAACUAGCGGCGCAGGGUGGCCUGGUAAGCUGUUUGAAGAGCAGCUGUGUGUUCUUCUCAGUCCCAUUCUCUCUAUAACCCUGUUCUGCACGAGAGGCAGUCAGAUCUCAAACUCUUUUUCUACCAUUCUCAGUUUCCGCCGCUAAUGCAGUUCCUUUUUUUUUUUUUGUAGUGGACGUUGUAAAUAGGUUAUGUAUGGGGGCAAGUCUUCUCCAGCUCAAAUAGCUUCCUAGAGAAAGAAGCGGUAUCUUUGGAAGGGGCCAUUCAAUCCCUCCCAGCCCUGCUCACCUGCAGUCUCCAUAAAAGCCACUCCAGGUAGAGCAGUUGGACUCUAGGUCACCUUAGUAUAAACUAGACAAAGGGUCAGUGAGAGUCUAUUCCUGAAAUUUCAAUUUUGUGACUAGCAGAUGGGGAGGGUGGAAACGACCCCUUCGUGUCCUCUCUGGUAGGGACACGUCUCCCUGCACCCUUUCCCCUCUCGGGCCUAUGUGAGCAAACAGAAACGCCACGUUCUUCACCCCAGCUCUUCCCACCCUCACCUGCAUGCUGGGAUAGCAUCGACCCACGCUGUUACCAAGCGUCUGGAUUAGCGUUCAGAGCGGGGCAAGCAGUCACUGCUCCCGUGGGUUAAGCAUCUCUCGGCCGAGCGCCCCUUGCUGUGCCUGGUCCUGUCCCACGUGCUAGAGAGCUAGCAGAGUGGAGGUGAAUGGCUUUGGUGGUACCAACUGAUCCAACAGCUCUGUCUCAAGGAGAAUCAGAAGGAAGAGAUGCAGCAGGGGAACAAAGCAGAACAAAGAUUUUUCUUUUUCUCCCUUCUCUCGGUGUCUACCUAACCCCGACCUAAGAUACCGGGUCGGCGAUCUCCCGGCUUGUGUAGGCAGGCUUGCCAAGACGGCCGCCCCAAGCCUGCCUGCAGUCUCGAAUCUGCCGGCCAGAGGCUCUGCUAAAGAUUCACAUCCCACCUGCUCUACAGAGUCCGAAAUGCCCCUCCCAUCUCACCUUAGACUGCAGAGUUUUCAGUCAUUUCCACUGGAUAAUGCUUGCUUUAAGUGAGAAUACUUCAGCAGAAUGGAUACAAAUUUUCAAAAGAGUCUUUUCAUAUCUAUGUAUUCUAUAUUAAAAGUGAUAAAGUCAUGUUUCUGGGGCGUAUUCAAGUAGCUGACAAGUAAUUAAUAAUAGUACAUGAGUGCAUUGUAAUUAUUCUCGCCGUAGUCAGGUAAUAGUAUCCAACAGAAAUUUCCUACCAACCUGCUGUAUCCAAAGUUUUGUAAAAAGUUGUAGAAGUUGUUGAUCUUUUUGAUUUUAUAUUCAAAAAGUCUCUUUUUAUAAAUAUUAUUUAUUAUACAAUGUAUAUACCUUUGAGUUAACUAAGAUUAUAUAUUAUAUAAAUAUAUAUAUAUUUGGAGAAAAUAUAUUUCAUCAUGCAGUUUUUUUCUGUUAAGUCAUUAAAGAGAAGGUAAAUGAAC